AUGAACAAAGUCAACAGGGCUUCUAAAAGCAUCCUUCCCCAUGCUCGUAAAGGGCCAAAAUUUCCUCCCUGGCCCCUGAUCUGCUUGUUGGCCUUGCAGGUGAGUUGGGUUGCUUGGGAGUGGGCGGGUGUAGCACAACACCCAAGAGGAAACAUAUUCCGCAAAAAGGGUGUCACAAGGCUCUGUGUUGUGUUUGCUGCAAUGCAGACAAACAUUGCAACUCUGGAGAAUUGCAAAAAGUGAGGAGCAUCUUGUGAAAAAAAGAGCAGUGAUGAACCAGUGGUCAUCUCUGAUGCAAUAUAUGCAGGAAUGUGAUUCCAGGGUUUGGGCAGUUUUUCAUUAAAUCCUGACCUGCAGAUACUAGGUGAAGGUUGGAACUGCCGAUGAGGCAGAAAUUGGUGUUAGCGACUGUACUUUGAUGUGGGUCUCAUUAAAGAAAGUGGCAAUGUAUGAGUGGCAGCAAAGCCAGCAUCUGAAGCUUUGGGAGUGACUGAGACACACUAUUGGGCUUAAGUGUGUUGUGCCAUCUUCUAGGGAAGGGUGAAGGUGCUCACAAGGCCAUGGCUCAGACCAACUUGUUGUUCCUUCCUAGCAUCUCCUGGUCCAGGUAUCUUUUCUCUGCAUCUUUCACUUUUUCUUCAUCGCCACCCUCCCCGGCAAGAUGCUGAAUGGUACUCCAUGUUGGAAUGAACUUCUAGCAUGCAACCUUUUUGCCUGUGGCAUAGCCACAGCCUUUCAGUGUGGAUUGGGAACCAGGUAAGCUGGCUCUAGGCAACCCUUGACCUAUUGGAAUCCCACAGCCUUGCUGCCUUCUUGGUUGGGGAGUUGGGUGUGGCCUUCUAUUACUAGAAGUCUAAGCAGGGACUAGUAUUCUGGAAAAUGCCUAGUUCUACACAGCUUCUAGUUAGCAGCUCCUUCCCUUGGGCUUUGUCCAUUCCUUGUAGCAGGAUCUCCCCUUUGUCUUCCCUGCAGGUUGCCGCUGGUUCAGGCUCCAUCUUUUGAGUUCCUUAUCCCAGCCAUGAUACAGACCCAACAUGUGGCUCCCAUUCUCCAGUCAAAUGGAAAUAGUGAGUUAUAGGCAAAAGUACCCAGUCCUCUUCCAAAUACUCAGCCACCAGCACAGGACACUGCAAUCACAGGGCAAGGAUGGCAAGGUUUCCAAAUGCCAUCUCUUUUGAGGAGUUUUGGAUCCAGCAAGAAUGGUAACCAGCCAUCAGUGGCUGCUGUUUUGUUGCACAGUGAAUACUCACGUCUUAGUGCUGAAUCCUAUGUUCCAAAAAUAAGCACAACCAUCUCUUGUUCGAUUGGGCAGACUUAGGUGUGUAAUUUGCCUUUCUGGAUCAGAACAAUUGCUUUCAAGUCCAGCCUUCUGUCCAACAGUAGUCGAUCACAUGCUUCUUGAAAAGCUCACAAGCUAUUCUCUGUUGCUUUUUUGUCAUUAGCUUUUGACAAUUAAAGGUGUACUGCCUCAGAUCUUAUAGAUUUAAUUUCACUGUCAUGGCUAGCGGUCAUUGACAAGUCCAUGCUUCCACAGAUUUAGAAGCCUCUCCCCAUGUCAGUGUGGCCACCACCACAUCAUUUAGCCAUGAACCUUGUAUAUUACAUGAAGUACUUCCUUUUGUCUGUUGGUGACCAGUAUUGUGUGAAAGAAAUUUCUCUACACAUCCUCUCCAGUUCUUUUACAAUUCUUUGCCAUGUUCUCCCUCAGUUGUCUGUCUUUCUAAAUGGGAAAAACACCUUUCAGUCUCAUCCCCUUGUAUGUAGUCAAAGGGAUGCAAUUGUCAGUGUUUGACGCCAGUGACUGGUUUCAGCCCUUUAUCCUUGUUUUCCUCCACUACAUAUUCCUUGAGAAUCCUUGCUUAUCCCUCACAUCAGCAUUCCAUUCAGAAGCAAUGACUUCUGCAGAUCAGUUUUUAAAAAUAUGAAAUCUGCUUAAAACUAAUUUGAAUUCUGGGAUCUUCCUCUUCUCCUCAUUGUGUUCUUCAUUUCACUGUAUUCCCAACUCAUUUAUCUGUCCCUGCUUCCCUUUCAGGCACUGAGGCCCCUGACAUAUGUGCUGGGCCAGAUUGUGAAAACUCAAGAAACUGGGACCAGUUACUCCAUGAGGUUGGCAGCUUUGAUUGGUUAAACCCAAUACGGAGAGGCUGGCAUCAGUGGUGGUGGGGUUGGGGUUAGACACCAGGAAGACAGGGUCUCUUGGAUCCCUUUGGACAUAAGAUACCAGCUUGGUGGGUGUACCAAAGUCAUGGCAGCACAUGGCAUGUUCUGUUGCCACUAUGAAGGAUGGAAAGUAAUUCACCACCAUGCUGCUGGACUCUGCUUUCAAUUGCUUUAGGGUGUCUCCCAAUCCUACCAUAGCUGUCUCACCAGCUCUGCCUGUGCCUCUCACACCACCUUGUCUGCAUGAAAAAAAAUAUCCCCGAGGAAGCAUGUAAUGGAGGCCUAUAGUAACAGGGCUGGGAGACCUGUUUCAACCUGGGGGACACAUGCCCUUAUGGGUGGGGUGGUCACAUGCUAGUGGUCAGUGAAGUCAGAUGCAAAAGUGGAUAGAGGAACAAAUGCAAAUUUUACCUUUGUAAGGCAGCUGGUUUCUACACACUCUCACACAACCCUCUCUUGUCCAUCAAGGCAAGCAAGAGGCAUUAUGAGAAUUUGUUUAUUUUUACAUUUAACACCUGCCCGCACACUUUCCUCCAAGGAACUUAAGGGAAUGUACAUUUUUUCCCUCCCCCUUUUAUCCCCUGUGAGGUAAGUUAGACUGUAAAUGGCCCAAGGUCACCCAGUAAGCUUAAUGACUGAGUGGGAAUUCGAACCCUGGUGCUGGGCCUAGUCGAUCACUCUAACCACUUUUCAGCCCGACAAGAACACUCCAGGAAAGGGUAAAGCAGGGCCAAUGAGGGGUGUCACCUGAGGAGAGGGGUGGUAUGUGGUGUGGCAAGAGUCCCGAGCAUCAGAUAGAGAUGCUUGGAGGCCCACAACUGGCCCCCAGUCCUAAAAUUCCACAUCCCUGUUUUGUAACUUGACCCUGUUCUGCCUGUUUUUCCCCUUCCAGGUUUCAGGUGCAGUGCUGAUUUCCGCUCUGGUGCAGGUGGCAUUGGGGAUGUCAGGUGCCUGUGGGUGGAUUACCCAUCGCUGCGGACCCAUGGUUCUGGCCCCAAGCCUUUCUGUCAUUGGACUUUCAGCAUACAGACCUGCUGCUCUUCUCUGCUCUGAAAACUGGGGAGUCGCCCUGCUGUAAGUUCAGAUUGCUGACUGCUAGCUCUCUUCAAAAGACCAGCCAGCUCCAGUAACUGUGCUUCAUGCCCUCUCAAAAGGAGGUUGUGAAGGGAAUGAAUGAGGCAUAUUGGGCUGGAAUUGAAAUUCAGACAGUCACCAACUUUCUCACACUAAAACUGCCAGAUUCAAAUUCAAAUCUAAGCCAAAAGUCUUAAAUCCCACAAAACCUAAGGUUCAAACCAGAGACAUGUCAGCUGAAGGGGGUGGGGGAAAGGUGGCUUUCACUCCCCACCCCAUUCAGGAGCCAUUCCCCAAUGAUAAAAAGUAUAGGGUUUCAAAACUUGAGGUCCUCCUUAUGGGAUAAGGUCACAUCCAUUCCACAAAGCACCAUAAGAAUCCUGUGAAGUGCAUUUUACCCUGCACAGAUAUACUGCUCCCAACACCUUUAACAGACUACAGUUCCCAGGAGUCCCUGGGGGAAGCAAUGUGCUUUAAAUGUCUGGUGCAGAUGUGACUCGAGCUGUGUAGAAUGUUUGAGAUUCUGGAGUAAUUUGUUUAAUAUUUGUUUCUGCUCUAACAUUAGUGCUGGGAUGAGAAUCCCAGAAAACACUGUUCAUUCCCAGAAUUUUCCCAACAAUAUUUAUUUUAUUUAUUUAUUACAUUUAUAUACCACCUUUUUCUCCAAGCUACUCAAGGUGGUGUACAUGGUUAUUUUCUCCUCACAAAAACCCUGUGAGGUAAUAAUAAUAAAAAAAAUUAUUUAUAUCCCGCCCUCCCCAGCCGAAGCCGGGCUCAGGGCGGCUAACAACAAUAAAACAGUACAAAAGUACAGCACAAACAACACUCUAAAAUCAUUCAUUAUAAAAUUAAUUAAUUCAAGCCACUGGCAACCAUUGGGCCAGAGCUCCACGAAGAUUGCCGAGGGAGGGAGUCAGGCUGUGCCCUGGCCAAAGGCCUGGUGGAACAGCUCUGUCUUGCAGGCCCUGCGGAAAGAUGUCAAGUCCCGCAGGGCCCUGGUCUCUUGUGACAGAGUGUUCCACCAGAUUGGAGCCACGGCCGAAAAAGCCCUGGCUCUAGUUGAGGCCAGCCUAACUUCUCUGUGGCCUGGGACCUUCAAGAUGUUUUUAUUUGAAGACCGUAAGUUUCUCUGUGGGGCAUACCAGGAGAGGUGGUCCCGUAGGUACGAGGGUCCUGGGCCGUAUAGGGCUUUAAAGGUUAAAACCAGCACCUUAAACCUGAUCCUGUACUCCACCGGGAGCCAGUGCAGCUGGUAUAGCACCGGGUGAAUGUGAUCUUGCAGCGAAGACCCUGUAAGGAGUCUCGCUGCAGCAUUCUGCACCCGCUGGAGUUUCUGGGUCAGUCUCAAGGGCAGCCCCACGUAGAGCGAGUCUGGAGGUGACCGUCGCGUGGAUCACAGUGUCUAGGUCAGGGUGAGAGAGGUAAGGAGCCAACUGCUUAGCUUGGCGGAGAUGGAAAAAUGCCGCCUUUGUUGUAGCUGCAAUCUGCGCCUCCAUGGAAAGGGAGGUGUCGAAGAUUACACCCAAACUCUUAACGGACGGUGCUGGCAAGAGAUGGGAGUUGCCCCCCCAAUCCCAUAUCGUCCCGUCCCAACCACAGGACCUCUGUCUUCGAAGGAUUUAGCUUCAACCGGCUCCCACGUAACCAUCCAGCCACAGCUUCCAAACAUCUGGUCAGUGUGUCUGGGGCCGAGUCAGGAUGGCCAUCCAUCAACAGAUAGAGUUGGGUGUCAUCAGCAUACUGAUGGCAACCCAGCCCAAAACUCCGGACAAGCUGGGCAAGGGGGCGCAUAAAGAUGUUGAAAAGCAUUGGGGAGAGUAUCGCACCCUGAGGUACUCCACACACCAAGGAGUGGCGCGAUGACAAUUCCCCCCCAAGCGCCACCCUCUGUCCCCGACCAGAGAGAAACGAGCGCAGCCAUUGAAGGACUGUGCCCUGGAUCCCCACGUCGGCAAGGCGGUGGUCCAGAAGUUCGUGAUCGACCAUGUCGAAAGCUGCUGACAGAUCUAGAAGAAUCAGCAGCCCCGACCCACCUUGAUCCAGCUGUCUACGAAGAUCAUCUGUUAGGGCAACCAGAGCCGUCUCGGUCCCAUGACCAGCGCGGAAGCCGGACUGGAAUGGAUCCAGAGCCGAUGUUUCAUCCAGAAACCCACCAAGCUGUUCAGCAACCGCUCUUUCAAUCACCUUACCCAGGAACGGAAGAUUCGAAACCGGGCGGUAAUUGGAUAGAUCUAAAGGAUCUAAUGAUGUUUUCUUUAAGAGCGGGCGCACCACUGCCUCCUUCAGUUCCCCUGGGAAUGUCCCCAUGCCAAGGGACAAAUUGAUGAUAUCCCCCAGGAGGGCCCGCACCUCGUCUGGACACGCUCUAAUCAGCCAAGACGGGCACGGGUCGAGAGGACAGCUUUCCAGCUCGGAGGAGUCUGUCCACAUCGGCUGGGGAUAUCCGGUUGAAGUGGUCCAAUACUGGACCCGAGGACAGUCGAGGGGCCUCCAGUUCCUUUAUUGUAUCCAAAUUGGCAGGGAGGUCAUGGCGGAGCAACAAGACCUUCUCUGCAAAAAAAGCUCGCAAAUGCCUCACAGCUGUGUGUCAAAUUGUUAUUUAAAUUUGGCUGUCCCUCAAGGGACGUUAAAGACCUGAUUAUACUAAAUAAUUGCGCCGGGCGAGAGCUAGCGGAUGCAAUGGAGGCCGAGAAGUAAGACUUAGCAGCCUUCACCGCUAUCUCGUAGGUUUUCAUAAAAGCCCUAUAAGAUGUUCUUGAUGCUCCAUCAUGGGCACCCCGCCAUACUCGCUCUAGCCGUCUGAGGUCCCGCUUCAUUUUCCGGAGCUCCUCGGUAAACCAGGGAGCCCGGUUUCUGCAGGGUCGCAGAGGGCACUUAGGUGCGAUCUCAUCGAUGGCUGCCAGGAGCUGGAUAUUCCAGCCCUCAACAAGCUCAGUCAAUGAAUCGCCAGGGGGAGCAAGGUCCCGCAAGGCUUGGCGGAAUCUAUCAGGGUCCGUCAGCCUCUGCGGACGAGCCCAAAUCGGCUCGCCACCUAAGCAGGGUGGGGGUGGAAAGUCAAUCCUGGCUUUCAGAGCGUAGUGAUCAGACCAUGGCACCUUCAUCGAAGGAGACAUGAUCACAUCUAUACCUUCAUCGAAGGAGACAUGAUCACAUCUAUACCUACGCCAAAGAUCAAAUCCAGCGUGUGGCCUGCUUGAUGUGUGGGGCCCGAAACAAACUGGGAGAGCCCUAGUGUCGCCAUGGAAGACACCAGGUCCAGAGCCUGUGAGGAGGGAGUGGCAUCAGCAUGGAUGUUGAAGUCCCCCAAUACCAAUAGGUUAGGGAACUCCAAGGCCCAGCCGGCCACCGCCUCCAAUAGGCCUGACAGGGUGGCUGCUGGUGCGCUAGGUGGCCGGUACACCAGCCAGACAGCCAAGCUCUCCUCGGAGCCCCACACUAGGUCAACACAUUCAAUGCCGGGGAUCGAUGGCGAUGGUAGAGCCCUGAAAGGACAAUCUUCCCGGAUUAAUAAUGCCACCCCUCCCCCCCGGCCCACAGUCCGCGACUGGUGGAGGACAGAGAAACCCGGGGGCGCCAUCUCUCGUAAGGUAACUGUUGCCCCUUCGCGCACCCAGGUCUCCGUCACACAAGCCAGGUCGACCCCCUGCGAGAUAAAGAAAUCUCGCAGGGUGGCGGUUUUGUUGCCUAUAGACCUGGCAUUGCACAGCACCAGUGACGGAGGUGAGUAAUCCUUGCUCACCCUACCCUCGUCCCUCGGGAUGAGGUGCAGAUUGGAAGGGGUACGAGCAUAUCCAUAUCUCGAUCCCCUUCGCCUAUAACAUCUGCCCCCACCGCCAUACCUCCCUCGCCCCUCCACGGUAGCAAUCCCAAGCCUCAUAGUAGCCUCCAUUGAUGGCAAUUAAUGUUAUUCUUUCGCAGCCUAAAACAAUAAAACCUUAAAACAAUAAAGACAAAAGACAAAAACAACCCAGAAAACAAUAAAACAAUACAAAUAAAAACUGCAAAAAUUACAAAUUCAUCAAAAUCUAACAAAUUCCCAAGCCCACCCAAACAUCCAUCCCACCCCCAUAUAUAAAAAAUCUAAAGGGAAAGGGAGAUUUUAAAACAUGUUAAAAAGAACUCUGCACCCCUCUGGGUCCUCCUGGGCAGUAGGAGCAUCAGUGGCAACAACCGUCCUUGUGAGGCCCCACCCUGGGCCAGAUAGUAGGUGGCAGGAGCAGUCCUUGUGAGGCCUGUCAGGCCCCGCCCUGGGCCAGGUGGUAAGUGGCAGGAAGGAGCAGGGCCCUCAGGCACUCACACAGGGGAGUCCUCCUGGGCAGCAGAGCAGUCCUUUUGAGGCUUCAGGCCCCGCUCCAGGCCAGAUGGUAAAUGGCAAGAGCAGGGCCCUCAGGCACUCACACAGGGGAGUCCUCCUGGGCAGCAGAGGUAGGUUAGGCUAAAAGAUGGUGGCUGGUCCAAGGUCACCCAGUGAACUUCAUGGGUGAAUAGGGAUUCUAACCCUGGGCUCCCCGGUCAUAGUCCCUGUUAGCUAGGGAUGAUGGGAGUUGUAGUCCCAAAACAGCUGGAGGGCCGAGUUUGGGGAUGCCUGCAUUAGGGAAUGGAAAUAGAACAUUGGGUAGUAUUGGGGAAAGGAGUAGCUACUCAACUGAGAAACCUCUUGGAGCCGAGCUGUUCUCAUGGCAGCUCUUGGGAUUUACAUAUUCUCUGUGUUAGGACCAAGCAACCUAUAUUCCUAGGGCAGUGCUUUGCUGAAUAUCACUCAUGAUCUCUUUUUAGGCUUGUGUUGCUGUGCGUUUUGCUAUCCCAGCACCUGGCUUCCUGCCGACUGCCCAUUUGCCAGUGGAGCCAAGCAAGAAGGCUCACUAUAAAAUCGGGCAGCCCAGCUCUGCACUUUUUUUCGGUAUGAAUUAAUGAACUAAUGGUACAGCCAAACUUGGCUCCCUUCUCCACUUUCCUCUUCCCCUUCCCCUGUUAUCUCCCACUCCCCAAAUCUCCAAUAUUUCCAAAGCCCUGAGCUGAGAAAUAUGGCACAGCUUAAUCCUGUGUCCUUUGGCAUUAUGCAGAUGGAUCCAGGCACAGCAAGAGGGGCAGGUAGGCAAAUUCUCACUUUCAGUCUUGCAUUCCUAUAGAUUCUGCUGCCCUUCUCUGGGAUCUGGCUUGUCUGUGGGAUACUGAGACCUGUUCCAACCUCUUGGGAUGUGUUGCAUCCUUCCACACCCCACUUAACCCUCACCAAUAGCACCCUGCAGUCCCCAUGGCUCAAGCUGCCUUACCCAGGUAAUAAAUGGCUUAACCAUACUUUGCCCUUUCAUUGGCUUAAUGACUGGACUUCACUUCUCGUCUUUUCUAUCUCUUUGUCCCGUAGGUGCACAGGGCUGGCCAGUACUUAGUACCCGUGCCAUUGGCAUUGGUGCUGCUAUGGGUGUUACCGCAAGCGUGAAUUCUGUGGGCUGCUAUCUGCUGUGCAGCAAGUCCUUAUGGGAUCCACCCCCACCACAGCAUUUGUGCAACAGAGGGCUCUGUACUGAGGGCCUUGGCACCCUCCUGGCAGCUGUGCUGGGCAGUGUAUCUGGAACUGCAUCCAGCAUGCCCAAUGCUUGUGCCGGCAGACUGACCCAGGUAAGAGCAUGGGUCGAGAUCAUGGAUUCCUUUAUGCAGGUUCAGAGUAGGCACUGAGAUGUCCCAUGGAUCACUCUCCUCCAACAAUUGGUACAUGAGCUCCUGUUUCAGAGAUUGCCUUAAGUCUUGCCUUUCCCCAUUAACAUCUGAAGCUGUCUGAUGCUGAGUCAGAGGCAAUUGGUCCUUCUACCCCAGUAUUGUUUUCUCUGGCUGGUAGUGGCAGCAGUCCUUCUAAAGGUCUUGUUGUUCAAGCCUUGUUGUUAACUUAUAAAACCCUGAACAACGUUAUACACGUGCAAUAUUAAUUAUCUGGAGAAAUUCCAUUUGUACCACACACUACGGCACAGAUUUCCAAACUGUGUGUCGCAACACAUUAGUAUUGGCUGCUGUGUGUACGUGUGUUGUGCGAACUCUCCCUGCGCUCCUCCCGGGGCUGGAAAGGGAGUGGGCUGCCCACUGGUUUCCUAGAAAAACUGAAUUACUGUGUCACAAAAUGAUGCAUGUCUAAAAAGUGUGUCACCAACAUGAAAAGUUUGGAAAGCUCUGCCCUACAGAAUGCGUGGUGAAGUAAGACAGGGAGACCUACAGUAAGUGGAACCAGAACCAAUGAUGGGAAGUGACAACUACCAUAUUUUCCCGUGUAUAAGACUAUAUUUUCCCCCAAAUUUUUUAAGUUUAAAAUUGGGGGGGGGGGUCAUCUUAUAGACAGAAUGUUUAAAAUACUUAUUUCUUAAUUCUGGGGUCAAAAAAUAGGGGUCGUCUUAUACAUGGGGGCGUCUUAUAGACAGAAAAAUACGGUAAUUAUUGUUUUGUCUCCAUCUUGCUCCCUGUUGAGUUCUGCAAGAGGCACAGACUAGGGAGGGGGAGGGGGCAGAUGGUGCCACCCCCUAGGCUGGUUGUAAGAAAGGAGGCGGAUGAGGGUUGGCUAAGGGCAGAUUGAGUUUGGUAGGGCAGUGCCCCAAGUGUCCUAAUGGACCAGCCUCCACUGCACAUACAGAAGCCAACUGGAUGGACGAUUGACUCUUACUUCAACCCUGGGGAUAGGAUAGCAUCUUAGAGGACCCAGGACAGGCUGUGAGAUAAUAGGAGGGGGAAAUGUUACCAUGUGAAUGUCUUCCCACAGAGACUGCAGUAUGAAGAAUAGUCUUUUCUCAUCUAUAGGUUUUCCUCCUGUUUUCUUCCAUCCACUACAGUCCCCCACCCUGCCCACUAAUCAUCCUGUAGAAUGCAGAAUGCUCUGUGGGGUUCCAUGCCUGGAGAGACCUGAGGUCAUGGGUUUUCAAGGUUCCAGUCUCAUGCCCUGUUUCCUACAUUCAGGCUCCCUCAUGCCGUGCAGUGUGGAUCAGUGCGUUGGCAUGUGUACUGUUGGGACUGUCUCCUCGGCUCAUGGGAAUUCUUACCACCAUCCCUCUGGCAAUUCAUGGUAAUAAACGCUUCCUUUCCUUUCCUUAUAUCUCCGUGCCACCUAGCCAGCCCACCCCCUCCCUGUUUGGGGCAUCUCUCACUGUUGCCUACUUUAUAAUGUAUGUUGGAACAACCAUUAUCUUCCACUACUAUGUAAGGCAUUGGCUACCCUAGACGUAAAUGAGGGUCCUAUGCUCUUUCCAUGGUGACGUAAUUUUAAAUGAGUUUAAGUUCUCAGUCAAGGUUAUCCUUGUAAAUGAUAUUUUAUAAUCCUAAAGGGUGCCAUUGCCAGCCAACAAAUUCUAUAACCUAGAGCCAGCCUUGAAAGACCUACAUUGGCUCCCAGUACGUUUCCGAGCACAAUUCAAAGUGUUGGUGCUGACCUUUAAAGCCCUAAACGGCCUCGGUCCAGUAUACCUGAAGGAGUGUCUCCACCCCCAUCGUUCUACCCGGACACUGAGGUCCAGCACCGAGCGCCUUCUGGAGGUUCCCUCACUGUGAGAAGCCAAGUUACAGGGAACCAGGCAGAGGCCCUUCUCGGUAGUGGCGCCCUCCCUGUGGAACGCCCUCCCACCAGACUUUUAGAAGACAUCUGAAGGCAGACCUGUUUAGGGAAGCUUUUAAUGUUUGAUGUAUCACAGUAUUUUAAUAUUCUUUUGGAAGCCGCCCAGAGUGGCUGGGGAAACCCAGCCAGAUGGGCGGGGUAUAAAUAAUAAAUUAUUAUUAUAUUAUUAUAGUGUGGGUGCACUUCCUGGCUAGGUUACCAGUUAUGCAUUGCCAAAAAGGACAGCAAUUUUCAUAAGAUGAUGAUGAUGUUGUUGUUGUUGAUGAUGAUGUGUGUGUGUGUACAAAUUUAGAAAUAAUAGCUAUAAUUUCAAUUAAAAAACCCUGCAUCUUACCAGAGUGGGGGAGAUACCAGGUGAUGCUGUUUAUGGGCAAAUUCAAGGCUCCUGCUCUAUUCUUAUGGUUACUCAUAUUUAAGUCCCUCUCCAUUCUUUGCCCUUUCCCUUUUCCAAAGUCAGUUCAGCUACUUUGUUAUGCUUCUUUCUCCCUUGUUAUCCUCAGGAGGAGUGCUGUGUGUGACAUACAGCAUGGCUGUGGGCACCGGUGUCUCUUACUUCCAGUACACAGACAUUGACUCGGGCAGGAACAUCUUCAUUGUGGGCUUCACUAUGUUCAUGGGUCUGCUGGUUCCGAAGUGGCUCUUCGCGGCACCAGGGUCCCUGGCUACAGCUACAGGUGCCAAGAGGGGAGCAGGGGCUGGCAUGAUCAGAGCUGUGGUGAGAAGAAAAGCUUGAGACUGCCUUCUGCAGGAAAUUCAGAACCAUAACAGGACCCUCAAGUUGUGUCCCUGUCUUGCAAAAAGCAGCUAGAUCGGGGGGGGGGGGGCAUUUUAAAAGUUUUCACAAACAUUUAAAUUUCCAAAGCUAUCUGGACAUUUUUGCACUUUGUGGAGUGUGCCCUUUUGGUUCUUUGCAUAUCCUAUUUAUUGAUUAUCUAAAACUGAUUAAUGAAAUGAUAAUAAUAAUAAUAAUAAUAAUCUUAUUAGUUGUACAUCAAUGUUACACUGCACAUUAUUUCAUUUUAAGCCAAAUAUUUUUAUUUGCAUGAUAUGUAGGAAGUACUUAGAAUCAUAAAGAGGAAGGACUAUGUCAGACUCUCCAAGUGUCCCUAUUUUCCUCCUCACAUGUUGAGCUUCUCUAGUAGACUGGGGGUGAACAAUAUGCUCGAUUACUCAUUUCCUCGCAAGGUGAGCUAAGCCUGGCAGGACAUCUUACUCUAUUUAAUCUCUUCGUGCAUUAAUUAGACUUAAGCAUGAUGGUUAUCCCACACUUUCAGCAUUUGGGUGGAAGCCUUUUUUGCCACAGAAAAUUAUUUCUGACCCAUUCUAGUUACAAUGAAUAACUAUCUGAGGUUCUGUUGGAUCGACUUAGAGAUGUUGAAUGCAAGGUACCACAUUAUGGCAUUUCUAAGAUAACUGUGAUGUUCUCUCUGCAGGUUGUGUCCCUGUAGACCUCUUCCUCCUUUCUCUGUUGAUGGUUCCUGCCUUUAUAACUGGAUUCCUAUCCUUUUUCUUAGAGAACACAGUUUCCGGUAAGGAGGAAGUCACCAGUUACUUUGUUUUGAUAGUUUUACUGUUAUCCCUCUCUCAGUGCUCAACUCCAGAUAAGAGUCUGCAGUGGGUCUUUUAAUUAGUUGUAUGGUAUUAUUAUAGAAUAAUCACUGCAGAUAAGAAUUGGUAGUGUCCAUGUUUGCUGUCAUGCUGACCUUAGAUACCACUUAGACCUGGGAAACCUUAAGGGAUGGCAGCUGUUAUGGUGGGAAUUCUUUAAACAUGGCCUGAUUUGUAGUAGCAGUUGUUACUACGGUGACUGUAAGCAUUUUGGCACAGGAACAUACCAACCUAAAACAUUUCAGUCUUAAAGUUGUUUUCUUACAACAUCCUAGUGAUAUAUGGGGGCAUUACAUUGCUUCAUUCCCUCACCAGAUAAAGUAUGCUUAUCUAAAGUGGGGAACAAGGCCUUCUUGAUUGUGAUGCCCCCAACUAUGGAACUCUCACCCACUAGAGUUUAGAUUAUUUAUUUAUUUUCUUUUAUGUUUUUAUUCCUUUCAUUUUCAUUAAAUUUACAAAUGGGGAAAAAAUAACAGCCAUGAAUAAGAAUGGUUAGACUGGGAAAUAUGCCGCAUUUGUUCCAUUAGACCUUUGAUAUAUUUUAAUUCCUUCCGCUCAUGUUUUGGUAUUAUUGCCUUGUUUUACUGCUGUCUGGUUUGAUAGUUUAAAACAAUCUACUUUAAAUAAAUUACAUAAUUUUGCAAACUGUGUUGGGGAGACCCUUUUGGGGACUGAGAGGUGGUAUGUACAUAAUGAAUAAAGAAUUAUGGUGGUUAUACCAGUUGGAUAGAGAUAAUAAAUGGCUGCAAUCCAUAUUCCACAGUGCAUAGUUCUUCUAAGUUGCCCUUUCAUUGUUAUUAUCAAGGCACCCUCCAAGAGCGUGGGCUGCUCAACUACUCAUCAGCAAGGAAACCAGAGGCCAGAGAGAAUUCCCUGCAGCAAUGCAGAAACGGCUCUGCACAAAGAAAUCAGCUGCCUCUAGUCCUACAAAAGUAUCCAACACCUUCAUGGCGUAAGGGCUUUCCUUUCUGUUUCCUCUGUCCCUUGGGGGACAACAAAGUGGAGAUUGUGAACACUUACCCCCUGGAAGAAUUGCGGCAUUCAGAAGAGCAAACCACAGAUCUGCUGCUGAAACCAGAAACAGUGGUGCUGGAGUCAGAACUGGAGCUGGAGACAGUGCCAAGAGCCUAACAUUCCACAAAGGAAUUUGGAGAAUCAUAAAUAUGGCAGACCAACAGCUAAUGAGAUGACCUCUCUAUGCUGAUCUCUAAACAGAAACAUUAUUCAAGGACAGGUACUUGAAAAUCCAUCAGAGGAGUCUGGUUUCAGACAAAUAUGGAAACAAAUCUGGAGACCAUGCAUGCUUCUACAAGUCUAAAAUGGUUUCUGCAGCAUCACCUUUGGGAUUUCUCUUCUAUAUCUUCGUGACAACUUGCAUUAAGACUUCCCAUUUAAUGUCACUGCGUGUGGGAAUGAAACUAUCCCAUAGCAGCAUGCAAGAACUAGGCCUGCAUUACUGUAGCAUGCCCCAGGGAAGCUAGAGUAGAGGAUAGACAUAUUUUCUGUACUUCUGCCCUUUUGUUUUUAAAUGUAUCACCAACUCAAUUCCAAGUGAAUAACUUGCCUAACACACUUUAUAACCCAGGGCUACAGUUUCCUGUUGGGUACUGUAUAUUUCUUAGUUUAAUAAAGUGGGACUCUCCUCCUUUCAUAGGAGGGAGGGCGGGAGCUGUCAUGAAUCCCUCAAGGAGGCUACCAUUCUUUAGCUGACCAUGACCCGCUUUCUGUGACAAGGAGAUAAGACCUUUGGUGUCUCCCUCUUCCAGAAGCAUAGAGAUGCACUGCCAGGGGUGGCAUGAUCUGUUUUGCCACUUAAGGUGAAACAGGAAGUACAGCCCCACCCUGCCACCUGUCCUGUCACCUCUGCCACCGUUGCAGAAGCAGCUCUGCAACAUCAUGCGCAGUUUCAAAAAUCGUUGAGAUAUUGCUAGAAAUUGGCACCAGUGCUGGUGCUGCUUCUCCGCUGACGGCAUGAGCUUAGCCAGGAUUUUUGUUGAGGGAGGCAGGACUUUUUAAGGGGGGCAGAACUAACAUAAUUGGUCAGUUAUUGUCUUACUUGAUUGGGCGGGCAGCUGCCCCCUGCCCUCCCUCGGCUAUGCCAAUGGCUGGGGGUGGAGACAGUGGGGCAAGCGGGGCACUGCCUUGGGAGCUUCUGCUGCCUAAGAUGGCAGCCUCAGCACUCCUCCUCCCCCUCAAUGGCUGGGUCGGCCCUCUGCUAUACAUAAGCAACCUGAGGAAGUAUGCAUGUAAAGAUUCUCACUAGUCACACCUUUAGAAAAUAUUACGUGCACCCCAGUUCUCUGGGCAGUGAGGGCCACCGUGUAUAAUUGGGUUUUGUUUCCCUUGAAUGAGGUAACUGGCAGCUCAUUGGCAUUUUGUGACAUGUGGUUUAAUUACCAAACCCAGGUUUGGUAAAGAUGAAGCUGAACUCUAACAGCUGCCCCACAUUAAUUGAGUAGUUGGAUUUCUGAGGAAAUUGUCAGCAUAAUGAAAUCCUUAGAGAGGGAUCCUACCCCACUUUGCACUUUUUUCAGUCUCAAUUGGAUAUGAAUAAAAAAAAUUGCACUCC